GUCAACUUCUGCUAUGAAAACAUAAUGCAUUUUAUAUCAAGGGGUAGAAGAGUUGAUUGUGUUAUACGUGAAGCGAAAAUGGAGACGCGUAAACUUACAUUGGCAAUCCAUCUUUUGCCAACCCCUCUUCCCUACCGAUUUCUUUUCAAAAGAGAACGAAAGUACAAAGGAUAAUGGAGUUUGAAAUUUUGAUAGUACAAGCAAUGGCCACGCUGCCUGAUACAAAGAGACUAUUUUGAGUCAAACCUCUUCCCGCAGACAGAUUGGCGGGUAAAUUGCUUGUAUAAAUAUCGCGAUACCCAACCUAGAAUCCAAGAUGUCCAAAAUAUCAUGUUCAAUUCUGCUCUCUCUCGUGCCGCUGCAAAAGCGCCAACAGGUCUAUUCCAACAGACAUCCUUGAAUGCACAAACGAGAAUGUAUAUGGGUGCAGCCGGACGUUACAGAAAUUCACGAUGUGGCAAGAAAGCUUUGAUACUUGGUUUGGCUGUCGCCGGUGGUGCCUACUAUUACUACAAUAGAAAAAAUGAAAAAAACCGAGUUGCCUGUGAAGGAAUUGAGCCGAACAUUAAGUCGCCCGAGAAGGCUUUGAGUCUGAUGGGCUGGACCACCCUUACUUUACGAGAAACACAGGACAUGGGUGAAAAUGCGAAGCUAUUCCGGUUUAAUCUCCCAAAAGAGGACCAGGUAUCAGGGCACACAACCUCUUCGUUCAUCAUGACUUCUGUGGUCAAGCCCGGAACCGAAAAAAAUUGGUGGCCAACGUACUUUUACAGACCAUAUACACCUGUUUCUGCAGAAGGAGAUGUUGGUCAUAUCGACAUCGUUGUGAAAAAGUAUAAAGAUGGUAAUUCCAGCAAGUCCAUCCACUCUUUGAAACCAGGAGACAAAUUAGAUGUCAUGGGACCUUUAAAGACCUUUAAAUACCAGGAAAAUUCCUAUAAAUCUAUCGGUAUGAUUGCAGCUGGAAGCGGUAUAACCCCAAUGUUUCAAUUACUCCACAAAAUCUUAGACAACAGCGAAGACAAGACCAAAGUAAAUUUGCUAUAUUGCAACAGAACAGAAGACGACAUUCUGCUUCGUAAAGAGCUCGAAAACAUGGCUGCGAAGAAUCCUGAACGACUCCAAAUUACUUAUUGUCUCACCCAACCACCACUUAACUGGGAACAGGAAUCUGGUCGUGUAUCAUUAGACAUGGUGAAAAAGCAUAUGCCUGAACCAAGUUCAGCUACCAAAAUUUUCGUAUGCGGUCCGGAGGGUAUGGUCUCUACUCUUACUUCAUGUGGUUGUUGGUGGUUCUUCAAGAGAAAGGACGGAAUACUGGAGGAGUUGGGAUAUGAUGGUAAGAGCGUAUGCUCAUUAUGAGGUACUUCACACGCUUUGUAUUUUACCGCCUCAGCCAUGCGGAGCAUUUAGCAAUGUAUUAAAGAGAUUA